AUGUCAGGUGAUGCUGGCGCAGCCUUAGCGAAUGAGAUUACGCAGCUCAGCUUUGACCUUCGUAACGCCUAUGAUGAUGUCGUCUCACGAUCCGCAUGCUCCCUCAUUUUUCUCGGCUUCUUCUACCUCCACCGUUUUCAGACCUUCAGAGGGCAGCUGAAGGAGGUCCAGCUAUCAUCGUCAAUGCUAGCCGAAAUCUCCGAGUCGUCCUUCAAGUUCCAGUCCUUCGUAAAGCAAUUUGGUUCAUCUGAUCAUCAAAACGAGUUUGUCAACAUCCUUUGCAAGCUUUGA